AACGAUAAGAAUAUUCAUAAAUUUAAAAUUGAUCUUCCCCCUCUAAAUUUAAUAUUUGAUUACAUAAAAUGUAAAAAGUUUAUCAUUUUCAUUUUUUAUGCUGCUACGUAAAGGUAUGAAGUAACACUUCUAAUUAAACUAAAUAAUUAUUUGGUUAGUGAUACUCGUUUUUGGAAUUACUUUCAAAUUUCAAGGCUCACCAGACAUAAUUACAAUUCAACAAAUAUCACGUAAAAAGAAUACUAAUAUAAGAUAUAUAUUAGCUUAAAGUUUAAUUACUUCAUAAUUAUUCACAAAUCAAAUAUAUUACGUAUACUUAAUAGUAUACGUUUCAUAAAUAUAAAAAUUUUCAAUCAAAUGGGAUCAAUAGCGUCAAAAAAUACCGAAGAUGUUUGCAUGGUUUCAGGCUAUUAAACUGGUAUAUCCACUGUCAUUGAAUGUUAUAUAUUCGAAGACAAGUAUUUAGAAGUAGUGUGUGUUCCCAAUUGCGUGUGUUUUGCAGAACAAUGUCGGGAUCUUCUGAUGAUAUUGUUGAACAUAUUGUUUGUCGUGAAAAUGAUAUUCCUGAAAAUGGGAUGCAAGAAUUUGAAAUUGGAAACAAUGGUAAUAAAGUUUUGAUUGUAAAGCAAAAAAAUCAGUUUUUUGCUGUUGGUUCAAAAUGUUCACAUUUUGGUGCUCCUUUAGUGAAAGGAGCUUUAGGGAAUGGAAGAGUUCGAUGUCCUUGGCAUGGUGCAUGCUUUAACUUAAAAACUGGCGAUAUUGAGGAUUAUCCGGGUUUUGACAAUAUUCCAUCAUUUAAAGUGUCUGUUAAUAACGGAAAUGUAAAAAUAUCAACUAAAAGGAGUAUUUUGGAAAAUUCAAAAUUUAUAAAACCAUUAACUAAACGCAACCUUGAUAAUACACAAACAUUUAUUGUUGUUGGUGGUGGGCCAGCUGGAGCUAGUUGUGUUCAGACGUUAAGACAAGAAGGAUAUGAUGGUCGUUUGCUAUUUAUUACAAAAGAAAAUUGUUUACCAUAUGACCGUACCAAGCUUAGCAAAACUUUAUCUUCUGACAUAAGCAGUAUAUUAUUGCGCCCUCAGCAAUACUACGAUUCAGGAGAUGUGGAAGUUCUAACAAAUACAAGUUUAGAAUCUGUUGAUACAACAAGUAAAACUCUCAAAUUAACAAACAAUGAACAAAUACCAUUUGAUGCAUUAUUCAUUGCAACUGGAAUGAUACCACGUACGGUUCCUGAUGCUUCGAAAUUUAAUAAUGUUUUUACAUUACGCACUGCUAGUGAUGCUGGUAAAAUAUCUCAACAUUUAUCAUCAGAUUGUCAUCUUGUUAUCAUUGGAUCAUCAUUCAUCGGUAUGGAAGUAGCUGCAACAGCUAGUUCUAAAGUGAAAUCAGUUAAUGUUAUUGGAAGGAGUGCUGUUCCUUUUAUUGAAAGUUUGGGUAAAGAACUGGGUGAACGGGUUCAAGAAUUAUGUCAAUCUAAAGGCAUUUCAUUUAAAAUGAAAACUAGUGUACAAAACUUUAUUGGUUAUGAAAGUAGAUUAUCGGAGGUUGAACUUAAUGAUGGCCAAAAGCUCAAAGUUGAUGUUUGUGUUAUUGCAAUGGGAUCGAAAGCUAAUUCCGAGUUUCUUAAAGGAUCUGCUAUUAAUAUGAAUCCUACUAAUGGUACCAUUGAAGUUAAUGAGAAUCUCGAAACUAACGUCAAAGGAAUUUAUGCUGGUGGUGAUGUUGCUAAUGCUCCUGUUUAUCCUGCAAAGAUUAAAGCAUCACUAGGACAUUGGCAAUUAGCUACAUACCAUGGAAAAACAGCUGCUCUAAAUAUGAUUGGUAAAAAAAGUUCUAUUCAUUCAGUACCAUUUUUUUGGACUUCACUUUUCGGUACUAGCAUUCGAUAUGCAGGUUAUGGACAUGGGUAUACUGAUGUUUUGAUAAACGGAGAUUUAGAAAAUUUUAAAGCAGUUGUGUAUUAUUGUAAAAAUAAUGAGGUUAUAGCAAUAGCAACAGUUGGAAGUGAUCCUAUUGCUGCUAAAUUUGCAGAACUAAUAGAAAGUGGUAGAAGUUUAAAAAAAGAUCAAGCAGUUGACAAUAAAUGGUUGGAUGAUGACGAUAAUGUUGUUGUUUGUACUCGGCUUUAAAAUUAGGAUAAUAUAAAAAAUUUAUUGAUUUGUUUUCUUUUAAUAAUUAUGUCGUUAUAAAUCGAUAAUUAUUUAUAAUGCUUAUAAAAAUAAUUAAUUCAUAUUUUACAAUAAAUUUAACACAAAUUUAUAAUAAAAUAGACUAAACUUUAGUUUAUUUGAUAAUUAAA